GUUUAGUAAUUAAGAUUAGUAAUUAUAGUAUCAAUUAUUGGAAAAUAUACACUUAUUCUAAUAAGUGAACUAAAAAAUUAAUUAUAGCAAUAAGAAAAAACAAUGAGUGCUAAAGACCCUUUGGCACCCUCAUAGAUUAUAGAUACGCCAAUGGUACUUAUAAAAUAAACUAUAAUAUUAUAUUUUAUCAAGUAUAUAGUAUAUUAUUAAAGUUUGAUCAAUGAAUUAAAUACAAAUAAUAAAAAAUGAUGAAAACCUAACUUCACCGAUUAAAAGCUAACUAAACAGGGUGUUAAUUUAUAGAAGAUAAAAUUUCUCAUUAUACAUUUAUCGAGAAAUUGCAAUUAGUAUGAAAUCUAUUUCUUAUUUAUUUAUUUAUUUGCAGGCGAAUAAAGCGGGAAUUUGGAUUUUAUCUAAAUUUUGGAGGUUGCUUUAUUUUUUUGUUCUUAUCAGGUUUGCUGUUUAUCACUUGCUAUCAAAAUCGGGAAAACUGUACCCAUCCUCUUAGUAGACUCCAGCAGUAACUUCAUGUAUGCCUUUUGAAUUUUUGAUAAUCACUAUCUUUUAUAUUUAUUCGUUAACACUCGUCACUCAUUCACAUUUCACAGUAGUCAGUACUCAGUAUUCAGUAGUCACUAUUAACCACGUGAAGGUUAAAUUCAUGAUAUCAAUUUAAUUAAUAAAAUUAUACUUCAUUUUAAAGCCGGUAUCCCUUUUUCCGACGCAUUAUUUUAAAGUAAAAUAACUUACAAAUUACGUAGCUAUAAUCUGUAUUUUUAUUUGUGUUAUGUUCUAUUGUACUAAUACUUAAUGGCAUUAUAAUGGUGAUAGAAAAAAUAGAACUUCCAAGUUCCAAUAUAUUGCUGUCUAGUGUAUUGAAUGUAUAAAAAAACGAUUACAAAAUCGGCUAUUUAUUUAAAAAAUCAUGGAUUCUAAAUUUAAUUCGAAUAAUACACCAUUAAUUGAUGACCCUCGGUUUCGAAUAAAACCAGUACAACAAAUUGCUGCUGCUUGUACAGGAGCAUUAAUUACUUCCUUUUUUGUUACUCCAUUGGAUGUCAUUAAAGUACGCAUGCAAGCACAAUCUAGAAUUACAAAUAAACAUAAAUGUUUUUUUUAUUCCAAUGGUUUAAUGGAUCAUAUUUGCCCAUGUAAUACAUUAAAAAAAAAUACCUCUGAUAAACCUUAUUACCGAAAUGUUCAAUGGUUCAACAGGCCUAGCCAAUUUAAUGGAACUCUUGAUGCUUUUAAACAAAUUAGUAAAAAUGAAGGAGUUUGGUCAUUAUGGAGUGGACUAAGUCCGACAUUAAUACUUGCAGUACCUGCCACGAUUGUUUAUUUCGUAUCGUAUGAACAAAUACGAUGUUAUCUUCAUGAUUUAACCAAACCAUUUUAUGCAAACAAUAAUCAAAAUCAACCAUUAUGGAUAUCUGGUUUAUCAGGAUGUAUUGCUCGUUUUGGAGCUGCUACAUCAGUUAGUCCAUUAGAACUCAUUCGUACAAAAAUGCAAUCAAAAAAACUAAGUUAUUUAGAAGUACAUCAAGCAUUGCAAAGCUUAUUAGAGUAUCAUGGUUACAAAGGAUUAUGGAAAGGUCUUGGUUCUACCCUUCUUAGAGAUGUUCCAUUUUCUGGUAUAUAUUGGGUUAUGUAUGAACAUAUUAAACAAAUAUCUGGCCAACCAACAUCAUUUAUGUACAACUUUUUAGCAGGAAGCAUAGCUGGAGCGUUGGCUGCCGCAUUAACAACACCAUUUGAUGUUGUCAAAACAAUUCGUCAAAUUGAAUUAACUGAAAAAGAAAUUAUAACAGUUAUUUCAGAACCUCCUGGAAAAGCUUCCAAAUGGACAUUCAAAGCAAUUAUUGACCUAUAUCAGACAAAUGGAACACAUGCAAUUUUUAGGGGUUUAGUUCCUCGGAUAAUCAAAGUAGCGCCUGCAUGUGCCAUAAUGGUAUCCACAUUUGAAUAUGGAAAAACAUUUUUUCAGAAUAGAAAUAUGCAAAUUUAUUAUAAAAAUAUUGAAGAAAUACUUUAAUAUGAAAAAAA